UCAAUGUAUUAUUAUAUUUUAAUAUUUUCGAUCGAGGCUACAUGGAAGUGAUUUCCACAGGUGUUUGUGAAUCAGAGGACAUGGAGGGCUUGAUUCGAUGGUACAGUGAUGUUUAUAAAUUUGUAAAAUCGAAUAAAGAUUUGAACAAACGUUUAAAUGAAUUAGACGAAAAGCUACAAAAAAUCGAGAGUCAAAUGGAACGUCUUAACCGAAAAUUUGAACAGCGAGAAGAACGCAUGAAUGGUGAAAUCGUUAUCCAACGCCGUAUGGAUGGCUCCGAAAAUUUUUAUCGCGACUGGGAAGAUUACAAACAUGGUUUUAGUAAUCGUAGCGGGGAAUUUUUCAUUGGUCUACAACGUCUACAUAAACUUACCAAUAGUCGACCCUACGAGUUAUUGGUGGUGAUGGAGGACUUUGAUGACGAUCGUCGUUAUGCCAAAUACGAUAAUUUUGUGAUAGCCAGUGAAAAGGAAAACUAUAAACUUCAAAGUUUAGGUCAUUACAAUGGUACAGCCGGUGAUUCCCUGACCAUUGGCCAUUUGGGCUAUGGUUUCACAACUAAAGAUCGAGACAAUGACAUAGAUACUCGUAAUUGUGCCCAGUCCUAUAAUGCUGCUUGGUGGUACAGUAACUGUCAUUUCAGUAACCUAAACGGCAAAUAUUUAAAGGGAACAACCACAGACUAUGCUAAAGGAGUUGUUUGGCAUGCCUACCGAGGUUAUUAUUAUUCAUUGAAAUUUGUUGAGAUGUACAUACGUCCAAAAUGAUUUGGGUUUAAUUUAUAGAAUCUCGUAUUUAAUAGUAUUCUACUUAUUUGCGUAUUAA